AGGCGGAGCGUCAAAAUUUCACGUGACAGGAGAAUUUAAUGCAGAAAUAAAUAUCCGGCUAAUGGAGAAAUGUUGCGGAUUUUACGACGAUGGGAGAGCGGAAGUCUCUUCAAGUCCUGCAUUCAUCGCUAUGUACGAUGGAAACGAGGAACAGACUCAUUUCUCAAUCCCAAUAACAGCCAGUACAUAGAAGGGAUGUACAAUUCCUGGCUGAGGGAUCCCCACUCGGUAGGGGAAUCUUGGGCAAGAUAUUUCGAAGCCACCAGGGCUCUUCUGAAGCCAACAUCAUCCUCAGGGCCAUCCGCAUCUGCUCGACCAUCUAGUAUGCCUUCAGCACAAAUGUCAGAAAUUAAAAGUUCACCUGGAGACCCCACAGAAACGACCCUGGACAUCGACGCAACGAUUCGAGCUUAUCAAGCUCGUGGACACCUAAUAGCCGACACAGACCCCCUGGGCAUCCAAAAUCCUGACUCUGCAAAGCUCCAGGGAACACCAAACCUACCUCCAGCUGUGGUGGUUCGUCAACACUUGAAGGGAAUGACCGAUGUGGAUUUAGAUCGCGAAUUUGCCUUGGGAUCUCUAACUGUUAUUGGAGGAGACAAGAAACGUCUGCCACUGAGAGAAAUUUUAAUGAGAUUGAAUAAAGUUUACUGUGGACAUUUAGGUCUGGAGUACACCUUCAUUCCAGACUUUGAACAAUUGGAGUGGUUGAGACACAAGUUCGAAAUUCCGGGGGCUUGGGAACUGCCUGCGGACCAGAGAAAAGGAAUUUGGCUGAAUGUGAUGAGAGCAGUGACGUUCGAAGAGUUUUUAGCCAAAAAAUAUUUGACAGAGAAGAGAUUUGGUCUGGAAGGCUGCGAAGCCUUUAUUCCUGCUAUGAUAGAGUGCUUCGAGACAUCUGCAGAGCUAGGUAUUGAAUCCGCUGUAAUUGGAAUGGCGCAUCGAGGUCGCCUAAACACAUUAGUAAAUGUCUGUGCAAAACCUCUGGACCAGCUCUUCACACAAUUUAAUCCUGUUCCCCUUGAGGGCCUGGGAUCUGGCGAUGUGAAAUACCACCUGGGAACUCAUUCAGAGAAAGUAUUGGAUCGUACAGGGAAAACAAUGCGCAUAGCGAUGCUGGGGAAUCCUUCCCAUCUGGAAGCGGUAGCUCCACUCGUGGUGGGACGAGUGAGGGCUGAACAGGUAGCCCAGAACGAUUCGAAGAGCAAGAAAUCUCUAGCAGUUUUGGUGCAUGGAGACGCUGCAUUUGCAGGACAGGGAAUUUGUUAUGAGGUAAUGCAUCUGACUAAUUUACCGGACUAUACCACUGGCGGAGUCAUUCAUGCUGUCAUUAACAAUCAGAUUGGAUUCACAACAGACCCAAGGUAUUCCCGGUCCUCUGCACACUGUACAGACGUAGCUCGAGUAGUAAAUGCUCCGAUAUUUCACGUCCACGCUGAUGAUCCUGACUUGGUGGCCUACUGCAGUAAAGUGGCUGCUGAAUAUCGUUCUGCAUACCAUAAUGAUGUUGUUGUAGAUAUCGUCGGUUAUCGACGCAAUGGACAUAAUGAGAUGGACGAGCCCAUGUUGACACAACCACUCAUGUACAAACGCAUUAAAAAUCAUCCAAAUGUACUCACAAUUUACAGUGAGAAAUUGGUGAAAGAAGGAAUCAUUGAUGAAGCUUUUGUUAAACAGGAGACCCAGAAAUUUCGUGAACACUGUGAGUCCGAGUUCCAAAAAGCACAGAGUAUAAGUACAAUGCAGAUGAAAGACUGGCACGACGUUCCCUGGACCGAAUUCUUUGCCAAUCAAAGCCCAACCAAUAAAAUCCCCCCGACUGGAAUUGAUAAAAAUGAUAUAAAAAGAAUCUGCGAGGCAUUUUCCACGAAACCGGAGGAUCUCGACCCUCACUCGCAGGUUUUCAGGAUUUUUGAUCGAAGGCGAAAGCUCGCGAAUGCUCGCCAAGUGGACUGGGGUGUGGGAGAGGCUCUGGCGUUCGCCAGCCUCCUCAAAGAGGGUCAUCAUGUGAGACUGUCGGGUCAGGAUGUCGAACGAGGGACUUUUUCUCAUCGAAUGCACAUCGUUCACGAUCAGAAUCGGGAUAAGACUUGGAGGAAUAUGCUCAAUAAUGUGUUUCCAGGGCAGGCGUUGUAUACUGUUACCAAUUCACCACUUUCAGAAUAUGGAGUUUUAGGUUUUGAAUUGGGAUAUUCAGCAUAUGAUCACAAUAGUUUAACCAUCUGGGAGGGCCAAUUCGGUGAUUUUGCUAACAACUGUCAGAUAAUGUGGCUUCAGGAAGAGCACAAAAACCAAGGUGCCUACCACUACGUUCGCGAUCGCCUCGCAGCGGCCUUGAAGAUACCUGUGGAGCAGAUAAGCUACGGUGGUAGACCCCCCUCAGCCGCCCCAGCAACGGGAAGCAAGAUUAUUUUUAAAGAGGAGUUCAACAACAUCUUAAAUGCUGCGAUGAGUAUUCUUUGAUGCAAUCAUCAGGAAAAACCCAUAGGAAACAAUCCCAGAUCAGAUAAAUGAGUUAAAAAACACUCAAAAAUUUAUAACCACCGCUUUGACUCACCGCGAGACACAGGUAUCUUUUGUGUUUGCUGAACCAACUGAAGGGCCGGUCUUUCUGCAUUAAAUUCCGUCCAAAUGA